AGAACUCCUACCCUAUUCGUCUUCAGAGCAUGAGACCGCCAGCCUCAAGCACAUUUGCCGCCAGUGCGCGAUGCAUUCAGUCCGCCGCUGCGACACCGGCAGCCGCCUGUGGAAGAACUGCAGCGUAUAGACGGAUAUCAACGUUGCCGCGAACGCCGCAAGCGUCUGCUGCACGCAAUUCGCUGCCAUCGACCUCUUUAUCUUCCCCACAGACUUUCCUUCGCAGCGAUUUCCUGCCUCAAGAUGUCCUCUUCCGCACAUCUUCCGCAUACGCCCGCCACUUUUCUUCUCGCCCCGCUUUGUACGAGCAAGCGCAAAAGCAAAAAACCGUAAACCACGAAGAACCCGAACCCAAGAAGUCCACAACCUCUGAAGGCAGCACUGCGGAAGAGGCUGCAGGCGACCAAGCCAAGAAGGAGGGCGAGGAGGCAAAGGAAAAAAAAGAGGGCGAGGAAGAGACUGGCGAACAAAAAGAAGGUGAGGAGGGUCAGAAAAAAGAGAAACAAGAUACACCCCCACCUCCACCCCACGGUGACAAGACUCCGUGGCAAGUCUUCACUGAGACGCUGAAGCAGGAAUUCCAGGCCUCCAAAGACUGGAAUGAGGGCACAAAGCAAUUGGGUGGUGCGCUGCACGACUUCCAACAGAACCCCAAUGUCCAAAAAGCCGGGCAGCUUUCUGAGGCUGCAAAGACAAAAACAACCGAGGCACUAAAAGCAACUGCAUCGGCUGUGGGUCAGGGUGCAGCCUGGACAUGGGAUACCAUGCCUGUAAAGGGCGUCCGCGCUGCUGCUAGGGUCACUGGAAGCGGCAUCGAGUAUGCGACACGGCCAGUGCGGCAAACCAAGGCUUUCCAGGCUGUCAAAGAGACCAUUGAUGAUGGAAGCUCCUCGCGGUAUGGCGGUUGGGUUGAAAAGGAGGAGCGUCGAAAGAGGCGAGAGUUACGUGAGCUCAAUGAGCUCAAGCGAACUGGAGGCAAGAAAGCUGGACCAAUGGAAGAAGACCCAAAUGCUGGUACGAACGUCACAUUGCACAAGGAUGCAAAGUACAAGGAGGUCUGGAGGGAGUGGAAAGACAACUCCAAGCUCGCACAAGGUUUCUUCAACAUGAAGGCCGUCUAUAGGGAGUCUGACAAUGCCAUCAUUGAGACGGCUCGCAGCAUCUCGGACCGCAUUACUGGAUUCUUUGCCGAAAAUGAAACCGCCAUGGUCAUCAAGAGGUUCCGAGAAAUGGAUCCCAAUUUCCAGAUGGAGGAAUUCCUGACCGAGAUGCGUGAAUACAUCUUGCCCGAGGUUCUGGACGCAUACGUCAAAGGCGACGUCGCUGUCCUGAAGGAGUGGUUGUCGGCGGCUCAGUACUCGGUCUAUGCUGCGCUGAUGCAACAGUAUCAGGCCGCUGGUCUCAAGUCUGACGGCAAGAUCGUGGAUAUCCGUGGUGUCGAUGUGCUCAACGCCAAACUUCUAGAGCCAGGGGAGAUACCUGUCUUCAUCCUCACUUGCAGAACCCAAGAGGUCCAUGUUUACCGCAAUGCAAAGAGCGGAGAGUUGGCAUCGGGUAUGGACGACAAGGUCCAACAGGUCACCUAUGCCAUUGGUGUCACUAGAAUACCAGAGGACGUCAACAACCCCGAGACAAGAGGAUGGAGAUUGAUCGAGUUGCAAAAGAGCGCGAGGGAUUAUUACUGAGCGACUCAUUGCACCAAUCUCUCCCGUUUCAUAUACGCCGACCACUGUACGAUUACAAUCUCUGUUCGCAUCUUCACGCUAGCGCUCCUGUUCUCUCAGCAUCUUUGGCGUCCAAAAGAUUUAGCUGUCCUGUUUUACUAUUAACCCUGUGUUGACGGGGAAUUUGGUUUGUUCUCUGGGUCAUGGAAGUGGAUAGACGAGCGUUGCAGAUGAGCAUGGCGUUCGACAUGACACACUUCUCUACUCUGUAUGUAUUAGUAUGAUGAUUGAACGGAUGGUUACAAAGAGGGUAUGGGCCGCGCAAAGCAUUCAGGGGCAGGG